UUUAACAUCAACUACCAUGAAUAAAAAUAGAGUUCAAAUAUAUAAGGAAAUAAAGGCACUAUUAAUCAUAUAUAUAUGGUGGCGCCGCAGAACAAUACGAUAUAAACGAUCGAUUAAACAAGUCAGUUGUUAGUCCGACUAAUGUCAGUUGGUGCUUCGUUAGAUAGUAAUAUCUGUUUGCAAAGAUAAAAAAUUGAUAGUGUUCAUAUUUAUAGGCGAUCCAAAUUUUAUAUAUAUAUUUUUUAUUGACAUAAUGUCGUUAUAUACAGCAAGAAGAAGUUCCUUGCGACAAUCGCUCGCAUAUAAAUUAUUGCCAAGGAAGAGUGUGUUAAUCACCAGAGCUGAGAGAUUAAAAGGUCGUUAUUUAUUUCGAUCAGCGGUGCGACGCGUUUUAGAAUAUAUGGAAUGGAUAACAGAGAUAUCGAUAAUCGAAGAAAUUAGCGACGAUGUAACGAUUAAUAUCAAAAUGGCACAACAAAAACAAAGAGUAGAGAAGAAAUUACUUACGUUAGAGGAUCGAUCAAUACUACUAGUGCACCUGAUUGAAAGAUCCUCCACCGACAAAGCAUACAUAUAUGAUCUUAUUAAAAAGUUGCGCGCAUUCACGAAGCAUGCGGAGGAGUUGAGAGAAAGUUUAGCCGCGGUAUGCAUUUAUCAGUAUUUACCAGCUGGUCGCGUAAUUGUUCGGCAGGGUCAUAGGGCAGAAAAUCUUUAUUUUAUCGCGAAUGGCGAAGUCAGUCUGUCGAGAGUUGCGAUCGACGAAUUAACAGGUGAUGAGAAAACUAUAGAUAUGGGAAUCAUGCAAACAGGAGAUAUGUUUGGCGAAGUUGCAUUAUUCCAUACGAUACCGAGAACAUCAACUGUGGUUACCAAAACAUCAGUCGAUUUGCUUCUAAUUACACGAAACGAUUUUAACAACAUCUUGCGUGAUGUCUUGACGAAAAAAUGGGAUGUUUUGCGCGACGCGUUAGUUCAUUUCAAUUAUUUCAAAGCGUGGGACGAAGAAACGGUACGAGAGUGUUGCAUCUUAAGCAAACUGAAAGACUUUAAGCCUAACGAGAAAUCUACCAACACGCACACAGACGUUGAUCGAUUAAGCAUUGUUACUACUACUCUUCUGGACGUUGUUAAAGGGUGGCACGAAAUUACUGAGGUCGCGGCGAUGCUGAUGCGAGAAUCAUCAGUUACAUCUCAGUUACGUUAUCCAAAUGACGUUCGUACUAUAUUUAUGCAAGUAUGCACUUUCUCUCGAGGUGCAUGUUUCGGUUUAGGAGAGAAAAUGCUUAAUCGGAGAAUCGUAGCGAUUACGCCUGUAAAAUGUUUUCUUAUUCCCCGAUAUUGGUUGCUCGAGCACAAUCGUGCUAAUAUUUGGGGACGUGUAAAAUUGUUCAUGGACUCAAAAUAUCCAACUAAAAAGCAAUUAUUCAACGAAUUUCUUCUAAAUCGAAAAUGGAUGUCAUACAAACAGAAUUUAAUUGAAGAUGUUAUUAAACGACGUGGUCGUUUUCGUAACAACACAACGAUACACGACGUACCGUAUUCUAUCAGAAUUACAGAUGAGAUAGAUCCAAAAAUAUAAUUAAUCAUUUUGCGAUUUUUAGCGAAUCAAUAUAUUAUUUCAAAUUACACGAUUAUAUUAUGAUUAAGAUUGAU